AUGAAUGAAGUUUUUGCUGAACUUUCUGGCAAAUUCCCUGCUCUUCAAUUCUUAAAGAUUGAAGCUGAAGAAUACCCUGAUAUCUCUGAGACUUUCGAGAUCUCUGCCGUCCCUACCUUUAUCAUUGUAAAGGGCGGUAAGAUUGCAGAUCAAAUCGAAGGUGCUAAGGCUGCGGAAUUAACCAAUGCUGUGUCUAAACAUGCCAAGGGUGUCUUGAACAAGUUUGCAAAUACCACUACAGCCACCGCAGCAGGUACGGACUCAGGUAAUGUCAAACCCGUCAGAGAUCUCAACGCUCGUCUCAAGGCACUUGUCAACAGUGCUCCCGUCAUGAUCUUUAUCAAGGGAACCCCUCAACAGCCUCGUUGUGGUUUCUCUCGCCAACUUGUGGAGCUUUUAGGCGAGGAGAAGGUUAAAUACAGUUCAUUCAAUAUUCUUGCUGAUGAGGAUGUUCGUCAAGGAUUAAAGGCUUAUUCCGAUUGGCCCACCUACCCUCAAGUCUAUGUGAAUGGAGAGUUAAUGGGAGGUUUAGAUAUUAUUAAGGAAAUGAUUGCGUCUGGUGAGUUCAAGGAAAUGUUACCCAAAGAUAAAGAUUUAUCCACACGUCUUCAGGAGCUUAUUGAGAAACAACCCGUGAUGGUGUUUAUCAAGGGCACACCAGAGGAACCUCGUUGUGGAUUCUCCAAGCAAUUAGUGGCCUUAUUAAACGAUCGUCAUGUGAAGUACGGUCAUUUUGAUAUCCUGUCGGAUGAUGAGGUCAGACAAGGUAUGAAGGCUCAUGUUGACUGGCCUACAUUCCCCAUGUUAUUCUACAAGGGUGAGUUAUUAGGUGGUUUGGAUAUUGUCAAGGAAAUGAUUGAGAGUGGUGAAUUUGAUCAAGUUUUAACGGCUUAA